UUCAGAAAGACUCCCCCACCACCUCCAGGCAGUCCCCUGCCAAUGGCCACUCCAGCGUUAACAGUUCUAUCUUGGACCUGCCGUCCACCAUCCAGCCCAAAGGUCGACAGAUUGUGUCCAGACCUCCAAUCAAGGACAAAAUGUCUGUGAAGAUCUACGUGAGGGCCCAGUUUGAGUACGACCCCUCCAAAGACGAACUCAUCCCCUGCAAGGAGGCCGGCAUUCGCUUCCAGGUGGGCGACAUUAUCCAGAUCAUCUCCAAGGACGACCACAACUGGUGGCAGGGCAAACUGGAGAACAUGAAAAACAGCACGGCCGGCCUCAUCCCGUCACCAGAGCUGCAGGAGUGGCGAGUGGCGUGCAUCGCCAUGGAGAAGACCAAGCAGGAGCAGCAGGCCAGUUGUACCUGGUUUGGCAAAAAGAAGAAACAGUACAAAGACAAGUAUUUGGCAAAGCACAACGCAG